UUUUUUUUUUUAAAACUUUGUAUUUCUGAUUUUUAAAAAAUAAUAAAUAAUGUACUCAUUAUGAAUUAUUUGAUUAUAUAUUGUUAAAACCCUAAAAGCUUAAAGAUUACCUAGCGUUUUUGAAAAAAAAGCCCCGAAUUUCUUGUGAAACAACUAAAAAAUAAAGCAUACCAUUUAAUUUGAGGGAAAGUCAACAAUUUCAGAUAGAAGAACAUGAUUUUUAAAAAUACAUUGUACAUAUUCAAAUAUCUAUUAAGCACAAUUUCAUGUAUUAGUUAAAAAAUGAUACAUUAGAGAUACAUGCAAACAUGUUCUCUUUGCUAUCUAUGAUGAGACAUCCGUCAAUGGUUAAAAGAAGUGGGUUUAGUUGUGAUUUCUUCACCUUUGAAAAUCAAAUGCUUUACGAAAGUCAGAAAGUGAUCUAUUUAGCUGUAGGUAUAUUCAUCAAUAUAGCACUACCUAUUCACUUCUACUGACCAGUGGUGAAUCCAGAGGGAGGGUUCCAAAGGUUGGAACACCCCCCCCUUUUUUUAUCAGAACUAUUGCUAAAAAAAGGUAAAAAUAAUUAUUUUGAGGGUGAAAUCCCUCUAUGAAAACCAAAAUUAAUGGUAGAAUCCCCCCUUUAAAAAUUCCUGGAUCUGCCCCUGCUGACUAUGAAAUAUGUUACAAAAAUGGUGAGGUUUUAUAAUUUUUGUGAUAUAUUUAGAAAAUGGAGGGUUUUUGUAAUUUUGUAUACCGGUAUCAAAGAUUAGCCUUAAAGUGCAAAAGGGAUUUAUGACUUAUGUGAGCAUAGUGAUUUGUGGACCUUUGUUCCUAUAAUAAUGAUAGUAGACAUAAGGUUUUGACAUAAGGUUUUGAAGGGCUUAGAAAUAUUAUUCAUAUUAAUUCUGAUAUGUCUGAUUAUGUUAUAUAGCAGUAAGCCAGACCAAUCAGUAUUCGUUACUUUCCGUUUGGACUUGAGACACUGUAAGGGUUAAGGAGAUUUAUACUACAUUGUCAUAAUGGCUGACUUCCUUGUAAAACAUGAAUGAAAAUAUAAAUAUCAGCAAUAUUUGUUCGUUAUAGAUUUAAAUGCCUAGCUAAGUAGCUCAGUCACUGAGACUAACAUGUUGACUGCAAAUCUGUAGAUCGUGAGUUCAAGUCCAGCAGGGUUUUUAUUAUUUUCAAAAUUACAUUUGACUAAAACUUCAUUUUUUGACUAAAUAAAGUUUUGAAAGUUUUCAAUUUCAAAUAGAGUUGUAUAUAUAUCCUCCACUUUUCAUCCAUGAAAUUUCUCAGGUGUAGUAUUCCUCCUUAAUAACAUGCACUUGAAUGUAGUAAGAAAAAUAUUAAACUCUCUCUCUCUCUCUCUCUCUCUCUCUCUCUCUCUCUCUCUCUCAGGAACAUCACUCACUAAGGAACACCACUAAUUUAAGAAUGAGUUGCAAUGCUUCUGAUACAGUAUGAAUAUAAUUCAGUUUAUUGUCCUCUGAUAAGUGACCUAUCAUCUAUGUACUUUUAUGUUUAUAUAUAUAUAUAUAUUUGAAACCAUUUGUUUUGACACAAGGAAUUGUGCAGUGCACUACAAGCUGACUGGUGGCAGUUGUUCGUCAGUGGGGGGCUGUUGUUUCAGGUUGUCUUUAUUACAGCAGUGGAGGUUCUGACAUAGAAAGGCUGUAAUGGUUAUAUUUUGGUACAUGAUAAACAAGCUGGAGUGGUUGCCACAGCUAGGAUUCUAUCUGACAAUCACAAUGCAGGACGCACUCCUCACAAAAAUGCAGCAUCUCCAGCAGAGACAGAGAAUUGGCAACCUUUGAUUUUGCUGGAGAGUGGCUAGAUCUACAAAAUGUGAAUUAUUUCCCCUUGCUGUCAUUUAGAACCAUUGCCAACAUCUGUGACUGACAAGGAAACAGAAUUAUAGUCCAAUGUAGUCGCAUUAGGCUGUCCCUAAAUGGCAGCACGGGGACCGCCAGAUGACAAGAAUCAUGAGAAAUUGUAUGUCAAGGUGCAGCAGGAGGAACGCCAAGUUAUUCCCCCUGUUCAAUUAGCUCGACAAGAGAUCAAAAUGACCUAUCUGCCCUCAGAUCAACCGCUGCCAUGCAUUAUCACUACCUCAUCUUCCUGCGAGGGCAGACAACGGGAAAGAGAAGGAAUUGUGGGUAUGGAAGUCGGUCCACUGGGAACACAGAGUAUGGUCCAAGUGCCAAGCUUAGCUGGUCCCAAUGGCAACCAAAAUACUACAUCUGUCAUGGAGAUGUCAUCAACUAUGACAACAUCAUCCAGUAAACAAGUGAAAAUGGAAAUAAAACCUGCAGGAGUGUCUUUCCAGCAUGAAGAAUUACCACAUGCUCAAGUGCUCGAAUUCUUUGAAGAACAUGGAAAGAACAUACAAGAACAACAACAGCAGCAGUCACAAGCUCUAGUUCCCCAUUUUCAAAAACACAAACGAUCUCCAAGUCCAAGUCCAGUAAGACAAAGCAUUGGUCUGGAUCAUCUUGAUAAUCUAGUCAAACUAAUGGAACAGCUCUCAACAUUAAGAGAUGAAAACCUCAAACUAAAGAAAAAGUGUGAGUACUUGGAAAGUACUAAACACCUUCUACAGAUCAAAAGUGCUGUUGAAUCAGAAAUUGGAUACUUAACACAAGGAGCUAAUUCACUUCCAAAGCCAAAAUCCAAGUCAAAAAGUUUAGGUAGGGGCAAAACAAGGCAAAGAAUUCCCAGUGCCGAAGAUGCUCAAAGUUUGGAAAGCAUGGAAGUGCAAUCAGAAAGCAGUAUAAAGAGACCUAAGGCAGUCCCUCUCAGCAAAAGAAGCUUUUCUACUGGUUCCAUUGACAUUCCCUCUGAUAUCAUGGAACAAUCGGGGGAGGAUGAAAUCUCAGAGAAAAUCUUAAGCUUGUCCACAAACAAGGGCAGGAGAAGUAGUCGCAGCAGCACUAAGGCUGCAAAGUCUCCAACAACCAAACGCAAGACAAAGACCUCAAACUGGUCCAAAAUAAUCAAAGUAAUCACUAGACAGAAAGCACCAGAGCAAUAUGGUAUCAGUGUUAAAGGCAGUAGAAAAUCACAGCAAGGCAGGCCAAAUAGCAAAGAACUGACAGUGCCUACUUCAGCUGUUGAUGGAAGGUCUGUUGACAGUGGGGUAGGUAGUGGCUUGGAAGCGGAUGGCACUGAGGCACAACGAAAAUCCACUUCAUUUGGAGAACCCAUAAGUCCCCCACCUUUCACCAAAGAGGAGCCAAGACAAAAACAAGAGGAGGAUCUGACAUCUGAUAUCUGGAUGGGGCCUCCAGAGUGGAUUAAAAAACAUGAAGAUGAAUUUUCAACAUUAACAUCUGAUCAGAGCGAAAAAGAAGUUAUAAUCCUUAAAUCCAGUGAGGGCAAAGAUGAUUCAGAUUACCUUCAAGUCCCUAUCACACGCAGAAAAUCAAGUCCAUCUUUGAUGGACCACAGUGACCGAGAAGAAGAUACCACAGAUGAUGAUGAGGAAGAUUUCACUCCUCUAAGGAGAACUUCAAGUUACAAAGUUCAGUCUACUCAUGAUAAUUCUGACAUCAAAGAUGUUGUGGACUCUCCCAAAAUCAUCAAAAAACAACAUAAAACACCACUAGGAAAAGUUGGGAAAAUCUUCCAUGUACGCAAAGACAGUAUAAAGAAACAGUUGAUAAAAAAACAGAGACAUUUAGGAGAGGAAGGUUCAGAGAUGGAUUUAGAAGAUGAUGAUGGUCCUAUUGGAAGGUCAACACCAAAAACCUCACCAUCAGUGCCAAGACAGAGAACAUUGGAUAUGGCUGAGUCCCCACCCUCCAGGGCAUCGACAAGUCAUGGUACUAUUGAUGUCUCAGCAUUAAUGGGUGGAAUGUCAGAUGAAUUUUCUAAGAAAAUGAAGGAGUGGAAUGACUUGCAGACGACAAAGAGAUUUUCAGCAUCACAGAGAGAUGGUGAAACUAGUGAAUCUAUGAUUCCUGAACAAAUGGCAGUAUCUCCAGAAUUUCAGAAGAAAAUGGAUGAAUGGGAAAGGACAAAAAGCAUCAAAUACUCUAGCGAUGAUCAUGAUAAGUCAGUCAUUAGGGACUCCAGAGAGGGAUCACCAGAAACUCUUACUCCACUGGAGGCCCAGUCUCAGCUUAUCAACAUCGAAGAAAUUCAGAAAAGGCUUACCGACAGCUUCACACGGAAAAUGGAGGAGUGGGAGAAACAAAAGUAUAAGACCCGGGAGGGAAGUCCUGGACUUAUCCGAAAAAACAGUGGAGGAAAGUCCAUCUCACGGAAAGAAGAUCGACAAAAGAGCAGGAAAAUGAAAGAGGGGAAAGGGAAACUGGAACGUCAGAGAGAACGAGAGCUACAGAGGGUGGAAAAAGAACAACAGAAGUUGGAGAAAGAGAAAAUGAGGCUAGAAAAAGAGAGACUGAAAGCAUUGGAACGUGAAGCUAGGAUUGAGAAGAUGAAAGGACGUCUCAGUCAAUCAGAUAUGGAAUCCAAAUUCAAAAAUCCAGUGCUCAGUCCUUUAGCUGAAUACAAAGUAACUUCAGAUUUUGCUAAAAAGUUACAUCAGUGGGAAUUAAGAAAAGGACCAGGAUCAGUUUCUAUGGCAACUUAUCUUGAAACACAGCAAAAAAGUCUUGGACAGAGCCCUAGUCCUGACAGCUCAUCUAAGAAGGAGACUUUUACAGCAGAAGAGCAACAUCAAACCCCAGUUAGAAAGCUUUCCAAAGGUCAAAAGCCACCACCUUUGACCCUGAUGCCUUGUUCAGAUUCUCCAGAUGAAGUGUCACCAGGUGCAAGGUCACGGUCAUCUUUGGAUAGUUUCGGAGAUGAUACCUCUAUUACCAUGGAGAGCAUGACAGAGUCUAACAUAUCAAGUUUGGAGAAAGCUAAUGCUCGUUUGUUGGAAGAGCUGCAGGAAAAGGAAAUGGAAUAUGCCAAUCUGCAGGAGGAGGUCCGAGAUCUAAACGAGAAACUGAACAAAGCUAGGAUACAACAUUCCAAAGAACUAGAACAAUAUAAAGAAUGCCUUGCAGGUGGGAGUGCUGUUCCCCCCGUCUCCCCCCUUUCCAUGUCUAACCAGCUGACUGAGCUAGAGACAAAGAUCCAGGAACUCAAAAACUUUGGUGAAAACCUUGCAGUGACACUAGAAAGUGCUGCGGUAUGUAAGUGGCAGUCUAUUGAGGGAGAAGAGAAUGUCAAUUCGCGGUUGAUGGACCUAUUGGAGAAGAUGAGACAAAUGUUGAUCCAAGCUUCACAGUCAGAAGAAGUCUACCAGAAAUCUUCUGCUCUGCACAGCUUUGAGAAACUGUACAGCCAGGCAAUGCAGUUACAGGUGCAGUUGAGCAACCUGAGACUAAGUCAGAUUGAGCGCAACAAGGAGAUCAUGUCUAUGAAGAGGCAGCUGCUGCUACAAGAAGCCAAUAAUCUGCUGCUACAGGCUGAUAUCACCCGCCGUGAAACAGAGCUGCUGAGAUACAAACAAGUGGCCAAAAAGAAUCCUGGACUGAAGCGAUGGAACACAUAUGGCGGAAUGGAGGGACGUGUGGUGGAAGGCAAAGAAGCUGAGUCUGUUCCACCAUACAAAAGAUUCACCAAAAACUUUGCCAACAAGUCAGUUGUGAAUGGGGCUGAUGAGCUGCAGGAGGCCUCAGAACCAAGCACUUCAGAUACAAGCAAAGAUGACAGCAUGAGAACAGAUGAUGCAUCUCCCAUGGUCACCCGUCAUACCGACACCAAAGGUUCAUCAGUCAUUCAUGUAUCACAAGCUGUUCAUGCCAUGCCAAGAAAACCAUCGUGUUCAGAAGACCCCAGCAAAGAACAAGAAAUGAAACCAGAGAAGUAUCAAUCCACUGUUGUUGUACCAGCCAAUCAGAGUCAAAGACAGAUCAUCCACACUGACAAAGGAGUGGAAAUAUCUCUCACCAUUAAGUUGCCUAAAGCCAAUGUAAGCAUGCCUAGAGAUAUUUCACAGCAAGAACUCAGUGUACCCAGAAGCCAAAGAGGGAAAUCCAUUGAAGCCUCCAAAGUCACGGUUGGUCAAGUCAGUGAAAUAAGUGAGUCAUGUUCAGGAUCAGAUGUUACUGAAAUGAAGUUUCCAGAACUGUUGAUACCUGAGUGGAAGAAGACAGCAGACAGAAGUUUGGUGAAUGUGGAGAGGCAUGAGGUGGAAGACCCUAUACUAAGUGCCUCAGUGCCUUCUGUGGCCAGUCAGCCCCCAAGUGAAACCAUUCCAGUGACUUCUGACUCAUCUCAGUCUGAUUCUGGCCACUACACUUCUGUUUCUGCUGAUGUAUCUAAAGAGAAACCUGUGGACCAAAGAAUACCUGUCAUCAGUGAAGAACAGGCAAGAUCUCUGGAACAGCUGAACCAAAACAAAAGACAUACAUUUACUGGGGUGAUGGAUACUGGCUCCGAUACUGCCAUUGCAUCUAAACCUUUCAAACUAACAUCAGUUACAAUUAGUCCUUUGAUAGGUAGAAGAACUUAUGAAUCAAGUGUUCAUUGGCCAAGAGUUAGAAAUAUAACUAGUGUUCACAGGAUUAAACCAGCUGAGGAACUUCUGCAAGAAAGCAGGAGAUAUAGACAAGGCCAGUCAAUUUAUAUGACAAGAAUUCUACAAAAGUAUGCUUUAAGUGAAGAAACCAGAAAGUAUUUCGAUGAGAGACAGCUGAGUUAUGACAAAGAAAAUUUUGCUCAUCAUGGUUAUGUAAAAACAAUAGUACAGCGUUUAUCUCGUGAAGGAACUCCUGAUUCUGGAAGUAGCAGUAGCAAUGUUUCUGUGAGGCCAGGUACCUCACUCACUAUUCAUCGUGCAGAUUCUCCACGAGCAAAGUCUGAAUUUGUCCAGCAAAUUGUGAGAAAGCUCUCAGCUCCCAGUGGACCAGGCCAGUCUAGAACUGGUGUAGCUCCCUUGAAAGAUUUAACUAAUGGUGUGGGUGUGAAAAAACUGGCUCAGGCCUUUGACAGUGGAAGAAAUACCCCUGAAAGGGCUAUUUCUGACACUGAACAAAAGCCAUACAAAUCUGUGUUAGUGACAAGUUUAAGACAGAGAAGUCAUGAUCUUUGUCAUAUUUCCUUUGAUUCAUCUUCAUCCACUUCAACAUUAACUUCUCCUAAUACAACAGAAGAAUAUGAUCCAUUUGAUAGUAGAAAAGCUGAUUCUGCUGUCGGUGAACAUGUGAUUAAUUUCUCAUCUAUGCCUUUGUUAAGUGUAGCUGAGGAGGAUUCUUCAGAUACAAACAAUGGAUACAGAGAACGGGCAGCCACUACCACAACAUGUGACUCAAGCUCUGAAAAAGGAAUCCGAAGCAGUCAAAUAGAGGAGAUCCAUGCCCUCUCUGACAGUGACAUUACGUGUCCAUCCUCUGGGAAACGCCACAUAUCUCACAAAACCAUAGUCCCAGCAGGCGUACCCCAAAUGGAAAUAAUAUUUCCCCAGAGACUGACAGAAAAGGGCAGUGGAAAGGUAAAAAUGGGAACAAUAGGCCUGCUGUGUCAACAAACAAUGUUGUCGUUUGAUCUCGGUUUGACCAUGAAAGCAGAACAACAACAACAGAAAGAAUUUGCAGACGUUAAACUCAGAAAGAAGAGUGAGACAGAGGAGGAAAGCCCUAGACCACUAUCUACAGGUUCUGACACCUCAAAUGAGGAGAAGAAAAAAGCCAAAUCCAGAUUCUUCGAAUCUAACUGGUUGCAAAGGCCAAGAAGAUUUUUCAAAGUUUCGAAAUGCUGCAAUAGAACAGCUUCAGAAAAUAAUUAUGUUUUUGAUAGAUGAAGGAGCUAUUGAAAAAUAUCCGGAGAUUGAUGCUAACACUUAUUGAGUGUGAAAGGUCUGAAACACUGGAGUCAUGCUCAACAGGAAGGCAGCCAAUGUUACGAUGGAGGCAAUCACCUGUUUCCAUGACAUUCAAAGCUGACAAGCCCAGAAGCAGAUGAUCAGAAACUGUCCUGCACAAGGGACCAUGCACAUCUUGUCAAAUGUCUGGACAACUCUCAAGCCGCUAGACAAAGAGAGUUAGGAAGAACCACUCGACAUCAAUGAAAAACUUGGAUCUCCAUAUAUGACCUUUAUUAAAGCAGAAGAUUUUCGCAAUGGCCUUGCAACCCUAGCAACUAAACAUUGUUUUAAACUUUAAUCUCUUGACACAACCUUUAGAAUUUGUUUUUACAUGCUCAUUGAUGAUGAUUGCUCUGACCAAAACUGUGAUGAUUUAGUCACAUUUCAUCUCAUGGAUAAAAUCUUUUAUCCUAAUUUGUUUUUUCCAUAUUAAAUGUCUUGCCAAAUCUUGGUCAUAGUUACAAUAUCCAUUCAGUUUAGUUAUAGACACAAUGCAACUUACUGGGAACACUUUAUGAAUAAAAUGUAGAAUAUAACUGGAAUGAAUUACAUGUAUAAAGAUUAGAAAUUUUUAUUGAAAUUAAAAAGAAAUGAUGUAUACAGGGAAAUUUUUACCCCAUUAAUUUUUUUUACCUAUAAAUACAUUGAGAAACAAUUUCAUCCUAAUUUUGCCCAAAGCUGUCUUUGGAACUUUAGAACUAUUGAUAAAUUAAAAUUUACCUACUUUUCAACUCGCCCACCGGGUGAAAUUGGUGGAAAUUUCCCUGUAUUCAGUAAGACAUAGAGGUUAAAUAAUAUAAUCCAAGUUAGGUACUUAUUUUGUUUAGAUACCUUGAAAAAAAUCUAUGUAUUCAGUAAAACGUAGAGGUUAAAUAAUAUAAUCCAAGUUGAAUAUUUAUUUAUUUUGUUUAGAUAUCUUGAAAAUGUUCCCAUAUACAGCAAAACAUAAUAUAAUCCAAGUUAGAUAUUUAUUUUGUCGAGAUACCUUGAAAAUUUACCUGUAUACAGCAAAACAUAGGGGUUAAAUAAUAUAAUCCAAGUUUGAUAUUUAUUUUUUUUAGGUACCUUGAAAAUUUAUGGAAUUGUGAUUUAAUGGCAUAAGUAGGUUGUCUUAUUUGUAGCAUUAAAUGCAUGUAGAUUGAUACUUAAAAACAUUGUUACAGUAGCAUAAAAUGCAAAACCUGCCAAAGAUAAUAUGCUAUAUGUCCACACAAAGGAAUCUCAGUAGUACUUCCAUCUAACAAGUUCUUCUGGAUUCUUCACAUUAUACUCUCAAGUAUUCAAAAUGCCAAAAAUGGUGCUAUGUACAGAUUUCAUGCAGUUUGUUUGUGUUUGAUAAAUGAUGUCAGAUUAAACAAGUUUGAAAGUGUG